AGUUCAGUGCCAGCCCGUGGCCUCGAUUCGAAAGAAUAAAUGUUUUAAACAAACUUUUUUUUUUCCACGUGAAAGGUCAAUUUUUUAAAGUAGGUCACAGUUAAAGAAAUUUGCGUGACGUGGUGUGACCUCGAUUUGUUCAAUUAGCAAAGUGUCCGCCCCUCCCCCUUUUCUCUUUAUAUUAACGGCCCCUCAUAAUGCGAGCAGACACGAGGAAUACCAGAAGUGGUGCCUGGACUCUGGAAGGAAAGAACUCCAAACCGGCAAUGGAAAAACGUAGAAGAGCUCGCAUCAACGCCAGUUUAGCAGAGUUACGGGCCCUGAUUCCUGAAUCUGUUCAAGGGGAUGUCAGCCAAAAUCGCCGCUAUACAAAAUUAGAGAAAGCAGAUAUCCUUGAGAUGGCCGUGAGGUAUUUGCGCCAGUUGAAAAAUACUCACACUGAUAAUACAAGUGUUUUAAUGACAAGCUCAAGAAAUAUUGGUCAAAGGUCAUCUGAUUCCUUCUCCGGUCUCCUUAGAGAACGACUUCUUGACCACUUGAGUGGACCAGAGUCUCCGUCCUCAUCCCUCUCUGGAUUGAAAGACCAAACAUCUUCUAGUAAGACCAAGACUUCAUCAUCAAUUAAACCUAAUUCUAUCAUCACACGAUGUCUCUUAUCCUCUACCAACCUAUCCAGUCAACUGGCCUCACUUUCACGCGUUAAGCCAAGGCCACACAGCCCUGUUUCCAGUGUAUCGUCCACGUCUGACUACCUGGACACGGAGAAGUUGGCGAGUGAGCCCGCCCCUACUGAAAGGCAACAAAUUACUGAUUUGAAUACCUGCACAUCAUUGGUACUGAGUAAUGAAACCAUUAAAACGGUGACCAUUACAACCAAAGAUUUAAAGAACACUGGAUACGAUUCUACUGAAAAUCUUUCUCCGCUAGAAAGCAGUGAUUCUAAGCAAGAGAUUGAUUUCUCUGACUCUCAGCUACAACAAGAUCGUAAAUCUCAACCUAUCUGUACCAAUCAGAAAUCUAGUGACGCUUCAGAAGAGACUUCAACCGUUCAAUACAUAGCGUCUCCUACUUUUGGUUUAACACAGAAUGCUCUUUCUGAUUACGUAAUCACUAAUUCAAACUCUUCUCAUAAAAAUACAGACCUUAAAAAGAUGGAAAAAAUGACACCAUUGUUUCUUCCAAUUUACGUCUGCACAUCGUUUGAUGAGAGUGAUGUCCCUUCCCUUCAGCAAACUGUUACUCUCAACAUACCUGUGACUAAAAGCACCAAAAUGUCCAGCAUACAUCAUGAUGUUCAAGACUCUAAUCAACAUGUUAAAAUUAAUUCAAACCAUUACAAAUGUAUUCAGUCUUCUGCAGUGCCUCUUGUUUCAGACGUGCGUGGAUUGAGUCCUGCUAACAACGAACACAAAGAUCACUUUCUAUUCAACAACAGCAACCUAACUAAACAUGCGCUGAAGAGACGCUUAAAUUUCGACGAAGCAAGCAAUGUUUCAGGCUCUUACUUCGGGUUCAGUUUGUCGAAAAAGAUUCGGGACGAAAACGUAGUUUGUAGCAAUUCUUCUAAUGACACACUAUCAAUAGACCAGAGCGGCGAUCCUAAGGUAGGUCAGUUCUCUCAGCUCGACAACGUCCAAGACUUUUCCCACAAUGAGAACAGAUACUUAGAAAGAGAUAAGAAUAACGGGCAUGUAGUCUAUGAAACGCAAACAGCUGACAGAAAUGUUGCUGUCUUGGGCUCUAAAAAUUUCUGCGCAGCGUCUUUUUCUUCGUCUUCCACUUGCCAGAAUUCAACUGAAACAGAAAUGGCACGCAAUCACUGCAAACAUUAUUCGAAUGAAACUGUUGACGUCGAUGCUGAUUGUCUUGUAACAAACAAAAGAGUUUCUAAAUGUAGCGAGACUCAUGUCGACAAAGAUAUUGAGUGUAUUCUUGAUAUAGGAUCAAACAAGCAAAUUCUUUCUAAAAUAUGUCCAGAAAAAUUGAAUAUUCCUUGGAAAAUGUUACCCAUAAGAAAUAAUGACCCAAUGUUUAGCACCUCUAAUAACAACCAUACAAACACCGUUGAUGUCAAUGAAACGAAGACUUUUCCACCCAAUCUUCCUUCACAUUUCUGUACACCAAGACGUCAGCCUCAAGUGAAGCAUGACAUGUUAACUGCAGGUGGGAAAGAUUUUGGUAUUCCCAAAAACAUGACAGAGUUUCAAGAAACUGACCUAGAUCAGUACUGUAUUAAGUCAUAUCCAGAAAUUAAAGACAAACAAAUCCAUGAUAUCGAUGUUUUCUCAGAACCUUUAAAUUUAAGUAAAAAAUGGCCAAACUCUUUUUCAACGCCCAAUCAGAGCGCAGUAUCUAAAGAUUCAGAAACAUUUGAUCAAAACCUAUUUUUCAAAGCAGAUCGCAUGGUAAUGGAUAUCUCAAACAAAUCUUUAGAUGCUUCCAGAUAUGAAAGCAACAAUUAUACUGAAAGUCCAACUCCAGAACAUCAUCGCUACGAGCCUAUACACAACUGUGCCCAUGUGAGUUAUAAACCUCUAAACUUAUCAGCAACUGUUUGGUCCAGGGAGGUAAACGAGCAUGUUUUCAAGUUGACAGCAAAGUUUGAUUCAUCCGAUGCUGUAGCAGGAAGAUCAAAUCAAUCCUUGAGUCCGCUUGAAGACGACGUUUGGAGGCCAUGGUGAUUUUAGGGUUUCAAUAACUUGUAACGUUUUAUAAUGCUGACAGCCAAACAUUUUUAAAGCUGCUUUAGAAUCAAACAUAUUGAACGGAAAUAAAUAUAUUUUUGUUCGGCUAAGUAAAUAACACUUUCGUUGGGAAAUAUUGAUAUUAUUUUUCUGGAUUAAUUUUACGUCAAUGGAGUGUUACUUAGCCUAUAAGAAAGUGCAACUAUCUUCAUUGUCCUGAAGGUAUGUGGUUCAUUGAAUAGUCAGAAAGUAGACAGUGAAGAUAUGUUUUAUUUUUCGAUGUCACUAGCACAUAAUGACAUGCUAGUCAUCUCUAAUGUAAGAUUCAAAUGACAAUAUAUAAG